AGCCCAUUCUGCCUGACCCUUCUCUGUGUAUCAGACUCCAACGCCUCCCUUUGCGACACGAUCAGAGCUCGUUCUGAUUCCUCCUGCUGCUUCGAUUGUCACUGUGAUAUCUGGUAGUCACUUCGGCUUCAUCAAAUAAUUACCAUGGGUGGUCAAAAUCGCGAGGGCGGCAAAGUAAAGCCUCUGAAAGCCCCCAAGAAACAACAGAAGGACGUGGAUGAUGAUGACGUUGCGUUCCGCGAGAAGCAGAAGGCCGACGCCAAGGCUCGUGCCGAGAUGGCUCAAAAAGCCGCUGGUAAAGGCCCUUUGACUAGCGGAGGCAUCAAGAAAAGCGGCAAGAAAUAGACGUUCGAUAUUGACGAAUACACGAGACUACGAUGAUAAUAACGACAUGCCGAGCCGAGAUGGGCUACGAUAAGUGCCGAAACGGUUAACACAUUAUCGCAUGGGAUGUUAGGAGUGCUGUGUUGCUUACGGGAUUACACUUGCCAUAGCAGUCAAUACAUUGUCAUUGCAACUGCAAUUCUCCAAGCCCAUACAUGCCUAGGUAAUCAUAUCAACCGCAUACAUAGAAGUCGUUUCAGACAGUGGGGCGUAUUAUCCCUAUUAGACUUUGUGCCUAGGAGGUAGCCUAAUAGGUAGAACUAGAAAUACCCUAGGUAGGACAAUCCAAAGUAAUAUGCUAGAGGUCCCUAGGAAGGAAAUUUCAAGACAAGAAACAAUGUCUAGUCAACUUUCUCAGAUGGCUACGCGCUCCACAUGAAUCUGGAGAAAUCCUCAAGGGUAUGUGGUUAAGAAUGCAGCUGCUGCCAUCUGACAGUAGCCCGUUGUCUCUCGCCUCAAC